AUGACGAGAAGUGUGAAGAUAAUUGAGAUAUGUGAAGUGGCUCCUCGGCUGCCGGAGGAGUCAUGUGCCGCGGCUGUGCCAUCGUCUCUUCCUCUCACCUUCUUCGACCUUUCGUUGCUGAGGUUCUAUCCAACCCAACGUCUUUUCUUCUACGAUCCUUCGAGUACAUGCAAAGGGUCAGUAAUUGAAUUCACAUCAGAUUCCGUGAACCGUGAAGCUUCUGAGUUUCAUUCUCUUGUCCCCCUCUUGCCCGCUUCUCAUGAUUGUGUUGCAGCAAUUGCUAUCCAAGUUCUUAGCUUAAAAACUUGA